AUGUGGCAGCGCGCCUCUAGAUCUAGAUCACGCCGCGGCUUCUUCUCUCCAUCGCUUCUCAAGGAUGAGCUCGCCGACGAGGCCAGCACCAUCGCCAGGGAGCUCGAGGCCUGCGCGGUCGAGCGCGAUCUCUCCCGCGGCAGGGAUUUGCACUCGCGGAUCAUCGAUCGCCACGGCAAGAGCACGCUCCUCGCCAAUCUCCUCGUCCACAUGUACCACAAGUGCUCCAGCAUCGAGGAGGCGCGAUCGGCAUUCGAUUCCAUGGCGGCGCCGCGCAACGUCUUCUCCUGGAACAUCAUCAUCGCGGGGUAUGCCCAGGCCGGGGAUCUGGACGAGGCCAAGAGCCUGUUCGAUCGAUCGGCGACGCGAAAUAUCGUCACCUGGACGACGAUCUUCCAGGCGUUCGUGCGAUCCCGGCGCUGCGGCGACGCGAUCGCGGUGUUCUUGCGGAUGCCGUACCACAACGCCGUGGCGUGGACGUCGGUGGUAGCGCUCCACGCCGGUGGCGGCGAGUUCUCCCUCGCCAAGGCCAUGUUUGAUUCCUCGCCCGAGCGGGAGCUAGUGAUCUGGAACGCGAUGAUCACCGGCUAUGGCCAGGCAAGAUUCGCCCGCGAAUCCAAGGAGUUCUUCGAUCGAAUGCCGCAGCGCGAUCUCAUCUCGCUCAACGGGAUCCUCCACGCCUACGGCCAGUCGGGGCAAUCCACCGCCGCGAAGGAUCUCUUCGACGCCAUGCCCGAUCGCAACGUGGUGUCCUGGACGGAGAUGAUCCUGAUGCACGCGCAGUGCGGCGAUCCCAGCGCCGCGCAGGAGGCCUUCGAUCGAAUGCCGCGAAGAACCCUAGUCUCCUGGAACGUGAUGUUCCACUGUCACGCGCUGGGCGGCGAGCAAUCGGGCAUGAUCCAGGCGCGAUCACACGCACGGCAGCUCGCGGCGACGAAGCAGCUCUUCGAAUCCAUGCCCGAGCGCGACGAGGUGUCGUGGAACAGCAUGAUCCAGUGCUGCGUGGAGAGAUCCCAGCUCGAGCUCGCGCGGGCGCUCUUCUCGCGGAUGCCGCGAAGGGAUCUACCGUCGUGCACGGCGAUCAUCCAGGCCAGCGCCGAGGCUGGAGACCUCGAUCAGGCUAUCGCCAUGGCGGAAUCCAUGCCUGUGCAAGACAUCGUCGCGGAGACGGCGAUCUUCUCAGCAUAUGCCCGGUUUGGGCAUCUCGAUCGCGCAAAGUCACUCUUCGAUCGAAUCCCCGGGAAGGAUGUCGUCGCCUGGAACACGCUCAUCGCAUCGCACGCUCAGAAUAACAGCCCCCAGAUUGCCGCUUCGAUCCUCUCCAAGAUGCCGCUAUGGGAUCUAGUCUCUUGGAACGCUGCCGUCGCAGCAAAUGCCCAGAACGGGCAUCUCGCCGACGCGAAGGAGAUUUUCGAUGCUAUGCCCGAUCGCAACCUCCUCUCCUGGAACGCGCUGCUCUCCGGAAUCGGGCAGAACGGGCACGGCGAUCGCGCGCCGGAGCUCUUCUUCGCGAUGCUGCUCGAUGGCGUGAUCCCAGACAGCGUCGCGUUCUUGAGCGUGCUCAAUGGCUUCAGCCACGGUGGGCAGCUGGAGAUGGGCUGCCAGUGCCUGGGCGCGAUGAGGGCGGAAUAUGGCGUGUAUCCGGCGCCCGAGCACUGGAGCUGUGUCGCGGACAUGCUGGGGCGGGCGGGAUUGCUGAGCCAGGCGGAGGAGAUCAUCGAGGCAAUGCUGGGAUCGCCAGACUCGGUUGUGUUGAGAGCUCUUCUCAGUGCUUGCAGCGUUCACAGGGAUGUUGCUCGCGGGGCGAGAACCGCGGAGAUGGAUUCCAGCGCGAGCGAUGGCGGCGCUCAUAUCUUAAUGUCUAACAUCUACAUGGAUAACGUCUAG